UUUUUUCCCCCCUGUCAUUGUCAAUAUACCACAUAAAUUUAUAAAUAUAAAAUUUUUCAAAAAAAAAAAAAAAUUAAUUGUCAAACUUUUUUCCGGUUCACUGGAAUUCUCGUCUUCCUCAGCGAGCUAACGAGCGAUAAAAAUCCGCGAUAAUAAAAAUAUAAUAUAUUUAAAAAAAAACAAGAUUCGUAUCGGAGAGAAUUUCGAGAAUGACUAUUUCGACAUUAACCGGUCCUAGCAGCUGGAGCGAAAUGCAGGCCGAUAUCCGAAAAUUAUUCGAACGGGACACGAUUGACAUUGAUGUCCUGAAGAAAGUCAUGGAGAAUUACGAAUCCAACGAGAAUGAAUGGGGACCUUACGCCUACUUCGAUCCUUACAGAUACACGCGAAAUUUGAUCGACAAAGGCAAUGGCAAAUACAAUUUAAUGCUUUUAUGCUGGGGACCAAACAUGUCUAGCAGUAUCCAUGACCAUUCAAAUUCUCAUUGCUUUGUUAAGGUGCUGCAGGGACGCUUGAGCGAAGAAUUGUACCACGUGGUAAACGAUUUCGACGAAGCCAAGAUGUACCAAACCGGACACAACGUAUACGUUAAAAAUCAAGUUUCUUACAUCAAUGAUACUAUCGGUGUCCAUAGGAUGUCCAAUCAGGACAGCACGUCCACAACGGUAACCUUACAUUUAUAUUGCCCACCUUUCGAAUCCUGUCACACAUUUGACGAAAACAGUGGAAAAAUAAACACCUGCAAUGUCACCUUUUUCAGCCAAUAUGGCACAAGGAUAGGAACGAAUAUCGGACCAGACAUGGAUAGAAUAAAUCAAAACCCUGUAGGCGUCACGCCUUCAUUUAUCGCUACGAAAUAGUUCAGAAUAUUCGCUCGACUUAUCCUACAAGACUGGAAAACGCGAUUUUUAUUUUAUGAUUUAGUAGAUAUAUAAAACAUGUGUAAACUACGAAUCAGGGAAUUCGAUAUACAUUCUAAUUAAAUACUUCCUAGAUUUAUUUAUUAUGUAUACAUUAUUUAUUAAGCACUUGUAAAAGGUUUUUAAUAAUUUUAAUGCUUAAAAUAUAUACAAGUUUUUUUAAUUUGUGAAUAUAUAAUUUAAUAUAAUUUCG